UUCCAGAAAUGGCUCAAAUUUGGCAAACUGGUGUUCUGUUAUUGUGUGCUGUUGCCUUGAGUGCAGCUGGAAUUUUGAUAUGGAAGAAGAAAAAAAGAACCUAUCUGAGAGUGGGAAAGGUUGCUAAAAUACUGUUUUAUCCUAUCAAGUCCAUGAACGGGAUUGAAGUAACGCAAGGAAAAUGCACUGAAAAAGGACUGGAAGUCAGUGGUCUUCUAGAUAGGUCUUUCAUGUUAAUAGCAGGUGAUGGAAGUUUUCUUUCUAAUGCAAAAGCUCCUCGUAUUGCUUUGCUGCGUCCACCUCAGAUCCUUGGAAAGUACCUGAUUGUCUCAAAACCUUCCGGUGAUGAUUUAAAAAUUGAAAUAAAAGACUCUCCGGCUCCAGAAGAUAAAAUUAUUGAAUGUCGAAUGAGUUCAGAUUCUGUUAAAGGGGUAGACUGCGGAGAUGAAGCAGCGGCAUGGUUUCAAGAAUACCUGGAGAUUCCUGAUGUUCGUCUAGUCCGUUAUUUUCUGUCCCUGCCUCCAAAAAAAUAUGUGGGGAAAAAUUCUUUCCGAGCUCAAUUGACCAAAAAUAAUCCUAUUGGAUUACAAGCUAAGAGUGCGAUUCAUUUGGUAUCUCAAGCCUCUAUCGAUGACCUGAAUUCCAGAUUAGACGAGGAUAAUAAAGUCUCAGUUAUCAAUUUCAGGCCCAACAUUUUAGUCGAAGAAUGUGGUGCUUUUGACGAAGAUUCUUGGAAAUACAUGAAGUUUGAAAGAGGAAUAGAAAUGCUGAACUGCUCACUUAAUCCCAGGUGCCUUCAAACCACAGUCAAACCUGAUGUUGGAGUGUUAACCAGUAAAGAACCUUUGAUCACCUUAGGAAAGUAUAGGAUUCCGAAGGAUAAGGGAAUGCGGGAGAAAACAGGGCCUCGGCCUUGUCUUGGAACACUUUGCAUUGUUUUUAAAUCUGGAGACAUUCAUUUAAAUGAUGAUGUUUUUGCUGUGGUUGAUGAAAAACCGAAGAUGAAUUAAUAACAAAAAAUCACAAUAAUUUUCUUUGAAACGCUAUGAGGUAUCACAUGGUACCUUGUGUAAUAUCCGCUGUUAUGUGUUUUGCCAACCAUGAUAUAUCAGGAAGAAAUAUAAGGAAAGGAUAAUUGACCCAUGUGAUCUCCCCAAAAGUAUUCCUGUUUUUCAUUUUUAGUCAUUCAAAAAAUGGGUACUUAUGUAUUAUCCCGUCGACCAUGAAAAUUAGCUAGCAUCGAACCAUAAAAGUUAUUGAAAAUCCCGCAGAAGUUGUGUCAAGUGUGCGUGCAGGAUGAGCAUCACUUCUGUCCGCAAUUCUUACAAUAAAAUAUUCGUCAGUCUGUCUGCGUAAUCCACCAAACAGUUCCUGCUGCGAUUCUCACAGUAAAGCAAUAAUUCCUACAAUAAAAUAUUCUUUAGACUUUU